CAAUAUUUAGUUUGUUGUGGCCGGGCAUAUCGGGGGCAAUGAAAGUUUGUCGGGACCAAAUCGAAACAACUUUACUGAAGUGGAACAAAUAAUGCGAUGGACAAGUAUGAGAAAAUACGUGUGGUUGGCAGAGGAGCUUAUGGGACCGUGUAUCUCUGUCGUCGUCUUAGCGACCAGAAGCUUGUCAUCAUCAAGCAGAUCCCCGUGGAGCAGAUGACGGGAGAAGAACGCCAGGUAGCCGUCAAUGAAUCCAAGGUGCUCGCUAUGCUGGAUCAUCCGAACAUCAUCAAGUAUUACGAAAACUUCCUGGAGGACAAGGCCUUAAGCAUAGUCAUGGAAUAUGCUGAAGGUGGAACGCUAUUUGAUUAUCUUCAGCACAGAGGCAACGCUCUACUAGAAGAAGGGGAAGUCCUCCGUCUAUUCUGCCAGCUCCUCCUGUCCCUCCAACAUGUCCACUCCAAGCAGAUCCUUCAUCGGGACCUCAAGACCCAGAACAUCUUGCUCAACAAACGACGCGACGUUGUCAAGAUAGCAGACUUUGGUAUCUCCAAGAUUCUCAGUAGUAAGAGCAAAGCCUUCACCGUGGUAGGCACACCGUGCUACAUCUCUCCUGAGCUGUGUGAGGGCAAACCCUACAAUCAAAAAAGUGACAUUUGGGCUGUUGGAUGCGUUUUAUACGAACUACUCACUUUGAAGAGAGCCUUUGAAGCAGACAAUCUGCCAGCCUUAGUCAUGAAGAUAAUGCGUGGCUCCAUCGCUCCAAUCUCAGACCGCUACACCGACUACUUGAAACGUCUCCUACUCCAAAUGCUUCACUUGGAUCCUGACAAGAGACCCUCCAUAAACAAGGUGAUAGCGGAGCCGAUAAUCAUCAAAACACUGGCCAAUGUCUACAUGGAGAUAGGACGCGUCAAAUGCCCUCUCAAGAUUCCCAAACCAUUUGUAGUGACAUCAAACUCGGCCAACUCCAAGGUACAAUCCUCAAAUCGGAAGGACAGCACUAAAUCCCUGUCUCGGAAAAGCUCCAACUUGGUUCUGAACAGCAGCAGCUCCAGCUUGCCUAAGCUCCGGCCACUCUCAACUGUCUACUGCUGGGGUUAUGGUGUCAAUACCCCCGUCAGACUCCCCCUCCCACACAGUGACAUACAGAUUGCUCAGGUCUCGACCGGUCGCACUCAGAGGGUAGCAGUCACUAAGAAUGGAAGACUUAUCAUCUGGGAAUCAUCCUCUGUAGGCACGGACUCUACCAUGCUACCAGGAGCUGUGGAUCAGCAGUACCCCAGCUUCAUCCCCCGCUAUCUAGAAGGCCAAUCAGCAGUCACUAUCCAACAUGUGUCUUGUGGAGACAUGUUCACAGCUUGCUUAACAGACCGAGGUAUAUUGAUGACCUACGGCAGUGGAGCCCAUGGUAGCUUGGGUCAUGGUGACUAUCACGACGUCUCCCAAGCUAAGAUUGUAGAAGAGUUGCUAGGUUACGAGGUCGUCAUGGUAUCCUGCGGUGCAUCGCAUGUCGUGGCUGUCACCAAUGAUAAUGAAGUGUUCUCGUGGGGCAGAGGAGACAAUGGACGGCUGGGAUUAGACAGCCAGGAAUCCUUUGCUUCACCACAGAGUGUCCUCCUCCCUGUACAGUCUCACAUUGCCUCUGUACAUUGUGGCUUGGAUUGCUCUCUACUGCUGACAACUGAUAAGAAAGUCCUAGCUUGUGGAAGCAACAGAUAUAACAAGCUAGGCCUAGAUGAUGUCGGUCCUAACAAGAAGACAAACGGUAAAGUAGAUGAGAUGCACACCUACAGUCCAGUGGUUUCAUCCCCUAUUCAUCAGCUGUCAAUCCAUAGUGUUGCCAUAGGAACAGCUCAUGCUGCCUUGGUUACAGAUGAUAAUGUGUGCUUCACGCUGGGUUCCAACCAGUUUGGUCAGCUCGGUUGCGAGACUGAAACCAACACCCCAAGAAUCCCUUGCCGACCAACAUUCCACGAUGACGUGCAGAUAACGGCGGUAGCAUGUGGGGAUAUGUUCACUGUUGCUUUAGGAUCAGAUGGCCAGGUGUUUUCCUGGGGCAAGAGUUCAAGAGGUCGACUGGGCCGACAGGAGGACCACUCUGGAAUCCCACAGAAGGUGGAGCUGAAUGAGGAAGAACCCUUCACAAUAACAUCCAUCUCCUGUAACCAUGGCAACACACUGCUGGCCACCAAACCAUGUGUUAAUCAAGCAGAUUCUCCUUAAUCCUGUGCCUGGAAGACAGAAACUUGAAGAAUGUUUUCAUCUCUAUUGCUUUUGGUGCUCACCAGUCAAUCAAAACCCUUGCCAACAAAAUUUCCCCUUUUUUUUUGACACUCCAAAACAAAAAAAUACCCCAGGCUCGCCCGGACGUAACUUCAACGACCAUACCAUUGCCAACUACUUACAGGGGUUUCUGUCUCUCGGGUCCCUCACAUUAGACGUUAAUUUAG